GAAGCUCAGAAUCUUUUCGACUUUUGGCCCUUAAUAUCGGUAGAUUUUCAAAUUAUGCAUGUGUGAUAUAUCUGUAGCCGAAAUACGAGCCGCAGCGCGAGUAUACUAGCUCGUUCUUGUCAUCCACAAUGGCGCCGCUGUUGAAAUGUGUAGCGGCAUUCAGUUUACUGAGUGCGGUUUCGUCUCAACUGUAUUGCCCGGACAUUCCUCUAAAUCCUCCAGGAUUCACAAUUGAUCCCACAAAAGUUGCUGGAAUAUGGUACGAGUACACGUACCGCAACGGCCCAGUGGGGAACGAUCCCCCGGCCACCAAUGUAUUCAUGAAUGUGACCAUACUCGGACCACGUCCUAAUACACCAACCGGCACAUCGUACUACAUCACCUGGAUAUACAAUUUUUUCGCUCACGUACCCACUCAGAGUGAUCCACUGCAGUGCAUCGUAUUUCCUCAACAGGGAAAUCUGUCCUCGGAUGGUACGCGACAAGUGGUUGUUCAAAUUGGCGGGCCCACUGCGCCGCUUGCCACCUUCAAGUACACCACGUUGUACACGGACUAUACCCUCGUACAGUUGUGGUACUUUUGCGCAUCUCCGAAUGCGGAUGGUCAGCGUUGUGAUCAGCCAUUUUUAUUUACGUACACGAGAAUCAAGCCGCCAAUGCUGACGGCUGACCAGAAAACCUACAUUGAAAAUCUGGCCAAUACCUAUUUUGCCAAGAUCUGUCGCGGUUUCAAGGACAUGAGCAUGACGACGUGGGAUCUGACAACGACCUUUCCGACCUGCAACACCGGUGCCAGUAAUACCCCGCCGCUCUCUGCGGCUUUUCUAGCAUCCUUCCCGCCUGGCGUUAAGCCAGCGCGAUAAAGCAGAACAUUUAAUUCUGACGGAAGAAUCUCUGGACAAAUCGAUCAGGUUCUGACGUAGCAUCGGAUCUUCACUGUGUUCCAAAGUGAUUUUUAUUUUAUUAUUGGAUAUUCCUUUUUGUGGUACAAAAAUCCCUUUUUUCUAUAACGUGAAAUGAGCGAUAUUGCGAUAACAAAAGCAGUUUCGAAAAUUGUUUUCAUAAUUCCUGAAAUUACAAAUUACGACAAGGACAAGGCCCAUUAAGAAAAUAAAAUCUGAAUGAA